UAGUGUAGUAUAGUGAUAGUAAAAGUUAUCAACCGAGCUAAGAACGACAGGAGGACUGCGAGACCGGCUUUACUCGUCUCGACGACAAUUCAUUCGCUCCUCUCUAUUUCUUUAUUUCUUUUACGCUUUAAUUUUAUAUUAUACACGAUGGGCCACAGGUUCCCCAAGACUAUCAGCGCAGCGCGCAUUGCGACUUUCGUCAGCACCGCCGCCUGGAUCCAGGGCGCUAGCGCCAGCGAGGUUUCGCUGCCGGAGGAGGCGCUUAAUAACUUUCUACGAAGACAUGGUGUUAUAAAAUCCUCAAGGAGACAGGCGCCUGCGCCCGCACCCGCAUCCGAGGGAGAGGAAGAUGAUGAUGAUGAAGAAGGGGAAGAAGAGGAGGAUGGAGAAUCUUCAGUAGAUAGCCCUUCGUCGGUAGACUCUUCCUCCUCAUCAGGGUCUAGUAGUUCCGGAGACGCGAAAGAUGAAAAAGGGGAGAAAAAAGAAGACGAUGACGAUGAUACCCCCAGUUUACCGGAAUCACCCCAAGCCGGCGUAGCUCUCGGCGCCGCGGACCAUCCCGCAAUCGGCACCGUCGAACCCCCGGGGAGUCUCAGCACAGGAGCCCGGGUCGCGAUCGGGGUAUGGUCAGCGGUCGGUGUGCUCGCAAUCCUCGGAUUAAUAUUUUUCUUCUGCCGGCGGCGGCGGCGAGCGCGUAUGGCGCAGAUGGAGAUCAACGCGCUCCGGGACGAGGAACUUGCACAAUCACAUCAAGAACGCAUGUCCCAGAUCAGCAUGCCGUUACCGCCACCGCCACCGCCCGUACCACCGGUGCCGGUGCCGAUGCCGAUGCCGGUCAUGGAACAAGUACACCUCAGAGGGGCUAGCGAUACAGGCGAUGCUCGCCCGCCGAGUGGACAGUGGCUAGCGACGCCGCCGUGGCAAGAAGACCCCCCGACGUGGCGGGACUCGCAUCCGUGGCGGCAAUCCCAGCCCUCGGUUGCCGGCGGCGGCGGCGGUGGGUUCGCAGGUGUCCCCAGGCCGUUAUUCGCACCGCCGGUUCUGAACCAAGAAGAAUAUAGCAGGCGGAACGAGUUUUAAGCGAAAGCUGGCAAUCCGAGCGAGAGAAAGAAGUCUCUCGCCGGAAGUCGCCAGGAUUGUACAUAUUUUCCACCUGCCGAAGCGGCACUACUCGUCACUUUAUAUUCGUUUCGUGGAUCGAGUCCACAGUUAGUUGCGACGGCGCACCACUUAGUUCGGUGCUAAUAUCAUUUGUUCUCGCAAAUAUGCUCUGUUUGCUGACAUUGGAUGCUGUUGAUUUGAAGAUAAGCCGGCCAUUCUACCGGCC